CUUGCACUAAAGAAGUCGCUCACUUCAGCCUGCAGGGGUGGACUGAACCCUCCGCCCUGAAAUUCAAACACAGCGAGGAAGAGCUCAACAGCUGUUUCUGGUCAUGCUUCGUACUCUAGCUCUGGGGAGAAAAGAUUCGAAAAACAAGCUGGUGAAGAAGUCUACUGAGCGCGUGCGGCUGGUGAAGGCAGUCCCGCCCACCUGUCAUGGUUUAGGCUCCUCCCCUCGCCUGCUCUACACCCUCAGCUCCCGUCAUGAGGACAGCCUGACCCCUUACAGUCUGGUCCAGCCUGUCCCGGUCCAGUCCAAGAGGCCGGUCAUCUUCUCUCCCUCCCUGCUGUCCCAAGGGCUGAUCGAGAGGCUGCUGCAGCCGGCCAGCUCAGGACUCGAGUUCAACAACUGCCAUCCAGAGCCGCUCUCUGAAGCUGAUCAGAGGGACUCGAGAAUCUUCCCAUUGGGAGCGCCGGAUCAGGGAAUCAGACUGGAGAGCAUUCAGGAAGUCAUGAGCCAGGGGCAGCACUGUCUGCUGGAGCUCAGCGUCCGCUGUGUGGAGCCUCUGAUCCGACAUCACAUCUACCCCCUUAUCAUCCACAUCCCGGCCAGAGAGAGGAGCAUCAAGAUACUCAGGAAGCUGCUGCGUGGGCCCACCUGCCCAGAUGAGGAGGCUAGGAUCCUGUCAAUGUGCCAGGCCGAAGAGCAGCUGCUGGAGAGCCUGCCCCUGCGCUACUCCAGCCUGGGGACUGAGGCCUGGUCCAGCAUGGACGAGCUGACCAGAGCAGUGAGGGAGCGCAUACUGACAGAGCAGAGAGACAGCGUGGUGUGGGUGGAGAGCGAGGAGAGGAGAGGGGACUGAGAGAGGAGAGGAGAGAGGACUGAGAGGAGAGAGGAGAGCAGACAGCGUGGUUUGCAUUUUGAAUGGCUUUGAGCCAGUGCUGGCGGGUUCCGCUGCGUCUCUGUCUAAGAUUCAAUGUGUCGCUUUGUUUUUUUAAAGCACGCUGUAUUGCCACUAUAUUGCAACGCGUUGCGGUACACUUGUGUCGCCACACGGGGGCGACAAAACCUUCCGGGAUCUUGCAGAAUUGUCAACACUGUUAAUGUCAGGCUCGCCGGACGAGAGAGACCUCGGGGGCCGUCAUUUUGUAAUUGGUCGAUCAUUUCAAUUGCAGCGUCCUUUAUAAGUGUAAUUAAAAGCUGAUGCGCGGCACAAUCGCGUAAUUGAAGCUGUAGUUGUAAUUAUACCAGAUCAAUUACAGUUCAAUUACACUGAGAGGACGUGCGUAUUUUCAAGCACUUUCGGUGCCCCUGUUAUUUGUUUGAAACAAUAAAACAGUUUUCUAUCA